CGGGGGGUGGGGCGGGCUGGCGCGGCGCCUCGGGGACUGGCGCGUGGGGCCGGGUCGCGCGGUGCCUUCUGUCUUUCUGCAGCCUAUAUAUUUUUUGGUUUUUUUUCUUUUGUUUUCUUUAUUUUUUUAUUUUUAUUUUUUCCCGAUUUUGAACAUUUUGCAAGACGAGGGGUUCCAGGCAGGUGACAGCAUCCUGCGGUUGCCGAGGACCCCGCGGGCACUUCGCGCGCUCUCCUGGUACUGUGUGCACUGAGAACCCUAAAAGUUGCUUUUGGUUUUUUAAUAUUUUGUAGGCAGAUGUGUUUCGAAAGAUAAAAGUAAAAAAAAUUUUUUUUUCUUCCCUUGUCUGCACCGCUUGGAAAGCGAGUACUUUUGGCAAAGGACGGAGGAAGCGCUCUGCAACAUUUCUGGGACUGAUUAGCUAGCUAAAAACAAAAAAACAAAAAAGAAAAAAAAAUUGAGUGCAUCGCGAUGGAGAAAAUGUCCCGACAGCUCCCCCUGAACCCCACGUUUAUCCCGCCUCCCUACGGCGUGCUCAGGUCUCUGCUGGAGAACCCGCUGAAGCUCCCCCUCCACCACGACGACGCAUUUAGCAAAGAUAAAGACAAGGAGAAGAAGCUGGAUGAUGAGAGUAACAGCCCGACAGUCCCCCAGUCGGCGUUUUUGGGGCCCACCUUAUGGGAUAAAACCCUUCCCUAUGACGGAGAUACUUUCCAAUUGGAGUACAUGGACCUGGAGGAAUUUCUGUCGGAGAAUGGCAUUCCCCCCAGCCCAUCUCAGCACGACCACAGCCCGCACCCUCCUGGCCUGCAGCCAGCUGCCUCAGCUGCCCCCUCGGUCAUGGACCUCAGCAGCCGGGCCUCUGCACCCCUGCACCCUGGCAUCCCAUCUCCAAACUGUAUGCAGAGCCCCAUCAGACCAGGUCAGCUGUUGCCAGCAAACCGCAAUACACCAAGUCCCAUUGAUCCUGACACCAUCCAGGUCCCGGUGGGUUAUGAGCCAGAUCCAGCAGACCUUGCCCUGUCCAGCAUCCCAGGCCAGGAAAUGUUUGACCCUCGCAAACGCAAGUUCUCCGAGGAAGAACUGAAGCCACAGCCUAUGAUUAAGAAAGCUCGCAAAGUCUUCAUUCCUGAUGAUCUGAAGGAUGACAAAUACUGGGCGAGGCGCAGAAAGAACAACAUGGCAGCCAAGCGCUCCCGCGAUGCCCGGAGGCUGAAGGAGAACCAGAUUGCCAUCAGGGCCUCGUUCCUGGAGAAGGAGAACUCAGCCCUCCGCCAGGAGGUGGCUGACCUGCGGAAGGAGUUGGGCAAAUGCAAGAACAUACUCGCCAAGUACGAGGCCAGGCACGGGCCCCUGUAGGCUGGUGUCCCUGUGGGCUGGCCUUGGGGUAGAUGGACAGCUUGUGUCCUGUCUGAUAGCACCACACCCAGACCGACCUUUCUGACAUCCGCACUUUACCAGAGGCAUAAACACAACUGACUCCCAUUUCGGUGUGCAUCCGUGUGUGGAUGUGUACGCGUGUGGAUGUGUGCGUGUGUGCGUAUUCGUGUGCUUGUGCUUGUGCUCCUGUGGUCAGCUGUGUUCGGGCGUGUGUGUGUGUGUGUGUGUGUGUGUGUGUGUGUGUGUGUCCCUUUGCACUUGCCAUUUUGCGAUAAACCUCUCAUCGUCUUUUAGUCUCCCAAAAGAAAGGUGCCAUGUUUUUACUAGACCCUGGAGCACCCCGCCAUGGGUUUUCCACCCCCUCCCUGCUCCAGCCCUGCCCUUCUGUUUUCCAGCUCACCUGCUCUCCUGAGAGCUGCUGGGCGUCACUAGGAAGGGCCCUGGGAAAAUGGUGGAUCUCAGUCUUUGAGAGUGCAAGCUCUUGUUUUUGUCUCCUCCGUAAGUUGCCGUGCCAUGAGGUGCACAGACUAACUUAGCACUACACUGCAGGUCUCUUCGUUUAUAGGUUGCUUUUCUCCUCCUUUGAAUUUUGGUGAUAAUCGUCUUCAAAUUUAAAGUGCUGUUUAGAUUUAUUGGAUCCCAUAUUUACUUACUGCUACUUACUAAGUUUCCUUUUAAUUCCACCAACCCAGAUAAGUACGAGUACUCUUAUAGAACAGAGUGUGUUUUUGCACUGUCUGUACCUAAAGCAAUAAUCCUAUUGUACGCUAGAGCAUGCUGCCUGAGUAUUACUAGUGGACGUAGGAUAUUUUCCCUACCUAAGGAUCUCACUGUCUUUUAAAACGCAAAAAUUAAAGUAAUGCAUUUCAGCAUGAUCAGAAUAUCCCCAGGACAGGGAAAGAGAGGGCAACGAGAGGUGUAAGACUGAGGGAUUAAUUUAUUAGUACAUGAGCCAAAAAAAAAAAAGAGUGUCUUCGAGUAGCCUUUGAUAAGUUUGGUUUUGUUGUCUCCUCCAGCCACACUGACCCUAUUCUCAUUUUGUAGUAAUCUUUUUUCCAUAUUCCUCUUAAUAUCCAAAAAUGACUUAAGAUUCAUUUUCCCCAUUUUUUGGUAAUACAUAUAUUUCUGUGAAUUAUACUUGGCUGUUUUUAAAAGAUCGGUUAAGUUCUUCAGUUGAUGUUUUCUAUGACCCUCCUUCCUCGUGGUGUUAUUUUUGAAUGCCUCAUAAAUUAAUGAUUCUGGAGCUUAUGUUUCUUAUUCUCUAUUUGCUUUUAAACGUUUGUGCUCUUAUAAAGUGGACUUCUGAAAAAAUGAAUGUAAAAGACACUGGUGUAUCUCAGAAGGUAUGGUGUUGUCACAAGACUGGUUCAUCCAAUCAAUUUAAAUGUUUACUACAGACCAAAAGGAGAGAUUGUUAAAUUGUUUAAUGUUUAUACAGAAUAAUUAUAGGAAGUUCUUUUUGUACAGUAUUUUUCAGAUAUAAAUACUGACAAUGUAUUUUGGAAGACAUAUAUUAUAUAUAGAAAAGAGAAAAAGGAAAAACUAUUCCAUGUUUUAAAAUUAUAUAGCAAAGAUAUAUAUUCACCAAUGUUGUAUAGAGAAGAAGUGCUUGGGGGUUUUUGAAGUCUUUAAUAUUUUAAGGCUAUUACUGACACAUCAGCAUGUUUUCUGCUUUAAAUUAAAAUUUUAUGACAGUAUCGAGGCUUGCAACGAAUCCUGUUCCGACGCUUUCUUAUUUCUUAUCAGGUCUCAGAAAGAAGUCAGUUAACAUCACCCAAAAGCACAAAAUGGAUUUUAGUCAAAUAUUUAUUGGAUGAUACAGUGUUUUUUAGAAAAAGCAUCUGCCACGAAAAUGUUCACUUCAGAUUUCUGAGUUUCUGGGAUGGAGUGUGGCUGCCAGUGCCCCAAAGGAUUCUGUUCUUCUUUUUGGGCACAUGCAUCUGUCUUACGCAGCACAAGGCUGACAUCGGUGCUAUGUGUAUGGCUUAUAAUUUGAUAGAUGUUUCGACUUUAAAGGUGAAUGUUCUUUUGUUUCACUAAGUUGUAUAAUGUCACGAAAUUCUGCUGUUCCUGCCAAGAAGCAUUUUGUGCUAGAUUAAAAUCCCCUUUCCUCAAUGGGAGUUUUCUAGUUUCCUGCCUCCCAGGUAUAUGAAUUCUUUAAUGAUUUGGUGGUCUCCUUGCUAAUCCAUGAGCAAUGCUUCUCUCCAGUGUCAUGGUUUGGGGAAAGGCAACUAGUGAGAUAUUCCUGCUAGCUACCCACUUUGUCAAAAGAUACAGAUAAUGGCACAAGAUGAUAGAAUAUUGGAAAUACAUUGCGCAGGUAAACAGAUAAUAAAAGUAACAAAACCUUUGGCAAUCCUCUUAGAUUUGGCCUUUUCCCAGAUGAAGAGCCUAACUGCAGAACUGUUAAAUGGUAGUCAUUAAACAAAUACAAAUUAUACCUUUAAGCAGAGAAACAUUGAAAGGUUAUAAUGGGGACCAUCCAGAUUUAUGGAAUAUCAAGUGGUAGCCGAAAAACAAACAUAUUUCAGUACUGAUCUCUCGUGGAAUUAAGCUGCGUCUAUCAAAUAAACAUCACAAAUAUUUUCUGCAGAAGAAAUAAAAAGAUCAUAAUAAAACGUUACUUUGCAUGCCAGAAAAGGUUUCAGAAACCUACCUCAUUUUAAAAGAAAAAAAACACUUUGAAGUCUGCACAGGUGCCUUAUAUAUAGGUCAUUGUAAACACAGACACACACUCAGACAUACACACAUGAACACACAUACACACACACACACACAAACAUGCAUGCACACUCCUGGAUUAGCUGUCUGCCAGAGGCAAUUAGGGAAUAAGGCAGUUCUGCGGACUGGGGUGGGAAGUGACUUGGGUCCUGGGGUCAGGGAGUGCCCUCUGACUGCACCUAUUAGGAAAAUCUUAUUGUCAUUUUCACCCUUUUUUCCUAAGCAUCUUUCAGAGAUUAAUUACUUGGCCAUUAAAAAUGAAUCCAUUUCCUAUCAUGCCAACAUCAUUUAGACAGUUUGGUCUGAGCAUUAUAGGACUUCCAGAGAAGGUCACAUCAUUUUUUCUUUUGAUUAAACUUGCAAAGGCUAGGGGCUGGGGAUUUAGCUCAGUGGCAUAAGCACCUGCCUUGCAAGCAGGUGGUCAUGAGUUCAAUCCCCGGUACCGAUUUAAAAAAAAAAAAAAAAAAGUAAUAAAAAAAAUAAAUAAAUAAACUUGCAAAGGCAAAAAAUGAUGAGCCUCUUUCUGUUCCUGCUAUCUUGAGGGGAGGAAUGGCUGAUGGGGGGCCCUAGACAAUCACAUCCUCUUGAGAACAUGGCUACUUCGGAUCAUUCAGAAACACAUUGAGCAAGAUUGUCUCUGAACACACAGGUCCCCAUGGAAUCUGCCCUCAAAGCAGAAGGACUGUUUUGUUUGAAGGGAGUUCUGAUGGGAUCCUGGCACUUACAGAAGCCAUGCAAGAUUUCCCAGCAGUUGCUUGUAAUGCACUGAUUUUGUGUGGGAACUCACAGUGGUUCUCAGUGUUCACUCAGAAGGUCUAUUGUGUGUUUUCAGAAGCAUCAAGGACAGUUUUAAAGGUCACUUUUCUGCUCCCCAGGGAUGAAACCACAGACUUUCUAUAAAAUGGAAAGUUAGCCUUGGGUUUUUCUAGUAGUUCGUCUAACUUUUUUUCUUUUCAGAAAAACACACUUCAUCAUACUUAGUCAGAUCUCAAAGCAUUGGCCUCCUUGAGUGUGUGGCCCUGGAGCCCUGGGUUGAACACUGGGUUUGGGCCCUUGCAGGUGACUGACGUGAGGUGUGUCCACUUCCUGCUGAAGGGUCCCCUCACGGAUGAGGCCUGUUCUUCAGGUGUUUGCUAGAGGUAGUAUAAUUAAACAAUGAACAGAACUUUAUCAUAGGUCUUGAGGAACUGGACUUAGCAAUUUACUUGAAUGCUUUUUUCAGGAGAUGAAGUAUAUACAGGGGAGCGUGUGUGCAUGUGUGCGUGUGUGUAUGAAGUUUGAAGAUGUAAAAUAUUAAAUUUUGAGCACCUUACCAAACAACCCAUCAUCCUUUUGGCAACACCACAAAGAUCGCAUCUGUUAAACAGGUACAAGGUAAAACAGGUUAGUGUAAUUUGUACACCGUAGUAAUGGUGGUAUUUAUACUGUUAAGUUCAAAUCUUUAUCUGUCUGUUGUUCUUAUUGUUUAAUAAACUUUGAAUUUUUUUUCCUUUC